AUGUCGCCGACGCACCCCGCGUCCAUCAAGCGCGCGAUAUACGCCCGCAAGGAGUACUUCCUCAAGUCCUCCGCGACGCUCACGAUGAAGCUCGCGCGACGGCUCAUCGAACGAGAUCUCGCGCUCGACGAGAGAGCGCUCGACGCGCACAAGGAGACGGUGAGCAAGUACGUCGACCGCGUCCUCGCGAGCGCGGAGGAGGAGGAUGAUGGGGAGGAGGGGGAGAAGGAGAACGCGGGAGUGGUCGCGAAGAAGAAGGCGAAGGCGAAGACGCCGCCGACGAGCUCGAAGAAGAAGGUGUCCCCCGCGGUGUUGAAGCACCUUCAGAAGGAGCGGAGGGGGUCGUCGGCGUCGCGCUCUCAUUCGAAGCCGUCGAAGCCGCGCCGGAUGAAGUACGACUCCGACGACGAGGAGGAGGAGGAGGCGGCGGCGUCCGAGGAGGAGACGGACGAGGAGUCCGAGGAGGAGGACGACGGCUCCGGCUCCGACUCUGACGACGCCUCGGACGACGCCUCCGACGAUGCCUCGGAAGACGACGACGCGUCGAGGGCGAAGAAGCGGAAGAUGGCUAAGGCGUCGAAGAAGAAGACCGCGCCGAGACCGACGACGAAACCGAAACCGAAACCGAAACCGAAACCGAAACCGUCCUCCGCCGCCGCCGCGCCGAUGUCCGCGACGACCGCGAAGCUCCGAGACGUGUGCAAGCGCGCGGGCCUGACGUACCAGCACGUCUUCAUGAAGCACAAGACGGACGAAGCGAGAGAAGACGCGCUCGCCGGCAUCCUCGCCGACGCGGGGCUGUCGCUUCGCUCGGGUGCGUUCCUGACCGCGCGAUCGUCCACGUCACCUCGCUUCUCUCUGUUCUCGUUGGCCCCCGAACGCUUAACGAUUUUACUGACGAAUCCCAUCCCGACAAAUGUCACGACACGUCCAGACGCGGCGGCGAUCGGUCGCGUCAAGGCGCGGAGAGAAAAAGAGAAGGACCUCGACGGCAUCGACGCCAGCAACAUCGUCGAGGGCGGUCGACGACGCGCGGCGGCGACGACGAACCAGUGGGGCGAGAAGAUCGACUACGCCGCGUUGAACGGCAAGAGAGACAAGACGAAGAAGCGGAAGAAGACGAGAAGCCCGGAGGAGCGACCCCGGACGAAGAGAGAAGGCGAAGAAGAAGGCGAAGAAGCCGCCGGCGGCACCGCGAGCGAGGAGGAGAGCGAGGAGGGGAGCGGCACCGAGAGCAGCAGCAGCAGCAGCAGCGAGAGCGACGACGACGACGCGAGCGACGAUGACUUCGAGAAGACGCUCAAGGGGAAGGGGCUGAAGGAGCUCGGCGGCAGCGACGAGGACGAGGAGGAGGAGGAGGAAGAGGAGGAGAAGGACGACGACGAUGACGAGGAAGUGGUUCCGAUGAAACAAAAGAAGAAGACGACGACGCCUCCGAGACCGAAGCCCGCGCCCGCGCCCGCGGCGGCGCCGGCGGAGGAGGAGGAGGAGGAGGACGCGAAACCGGAAGACGUCUUCUUCGACAGCGACGCGGAGGCGGAGGAGGAAGAGAAAGAGGACGACGACGAGUUUGUUCAGCCCACCGCGCCCGCGCCCGUCGCCGCGAAGACGGUGCGCCGCGGCGGCGCCAUCUUCUCCGACAGCGACGAAGACUGA